AUGGUCCUCCUGGGGCGCGAGUCCUUCUCGAAUCCUGCUCGGAUAAUUAGUAUGGGAUUGCUACUCCUAGAUUUGACGCGUUUCCGCGAGUCUCUCUCGCCAAAAAGUCUGGCUGUCCAGGCCUUCUUGAAACCGAUCGCCAGGUCCGAUUUCAGCAACGGGCCAGCUCCUCGCCCAGCGAUCGCCAUGUCCCUCGGCCCGCUACUCACAGACUUCACGCCACCCGACGACUGCACCGCAUCUUCCGCCCUUCAUUGGGUCAAGGCCGAGGCUGCCUUCUACUGGCUGCAUGAGCGGCCGGCCAGUCAUCUUGCUCUUCUAUUCUCACCAGAACCAGUACUAUGCCUGGUCCAGGGAUACGCCCCAUGGGCUACGCUCGCGCGUGCGAAUUCGUCUCGACAGAUCGCCGUACCGAGAUAG